AUGAACGAUCAAGCACAUAGAACUAAAGUUCCAGUUUAUGCGAACAAGAUAAUGAGUGCAUCAAUUCCAUAUUAUGAAAUUCCUGAAGAUAGCAUGGCCCCUCGCAUAGCUCAUCAAGUCAUUAUCGAUGAAAUGAACUUAGAUGGGAAUCCAAUGCUGAAUAUGGCAAGCUUUGUUUGCACCUAUAUGGAUGAAUACGGAGAGGAUCUUAUACUUAAAGGCUCUCGAAAAAAUUUUAUAGAUCUUGACGAGUAUGCUAUUACUUACUCAAUGCAAAUGCGAUGUGUAAACAUGAUUGCAAGAUUAUUUAAUGCCCCUCUCUCAGCAAAAGAAGAGGCAACUGGAACAAGUUGUAUUGGUUCUUCUGAAGCCAUUAUGUUAGCUGGAUUGGCCUUAAAGUGGAAGUGGCGAGAACGCCGACGUAAAGCCGGAUUAUCAUACGAUAAACCCAAUCUAGUCAUGGGGUCUAACGUACAAGUGUGCUGGCAUAAAUUUUGCAUGUACUUUGAUGUUGAGCGUCGAGAAUCACCAAUGUCUACAGACUGCUUAGUCUUAACUCCCGAACGAGCGAAACCCCUUUUAGAUGAAAACACUAUAGGGAUUUGCAUUAUACUUGGUUCAACCUACAAUGGGGAGUUUGAAGAUGUUAAAGGAAUUCACGAAAUGUUAGAAGAGUACAAUAAAGAACAUAACUUAGAAAUUCCAAUUCACGUUGACGCUGCAAGUGGUGGCUUUAUUGCUCCUUUUUUAAAUCCUGAUCUGGUGUGGGACUUCCGCCUUCCUCUAGUAAAAUCGAUCAAUACUAGCGGUCAUAAAUUUGGGCUUGUCUAUCCGGGCGUUGGAUGGGCUUUAUGGAGAGAAAGAAAAGAUCUUCCUGACGACUUAAUUUUCCAUGUAAACUAUCUUGGAGGAGAUCAGGCCACGUUUACUUUCAACUUUUCUAAACCCGCCGGCCAAAUAGUAGCCCAAUAUUACCAGCUGAUUCGUCUCGGAAAAAGUGGUUAUCGCAGCAUUUUAGAAACAGGAAUGAAAAACGCUGAGUAUCUAAGAGAUGGGUUGCGAGAAAUGGGCCUUUUUGAUAUUGUUGAUAAAGCACAUAUGCCUUUAGUGGCCUUUUCCCUGAAGGACAACCAUGCCAAAUAUAGUCUCUUUGAUGUGCAAGAUAGACUAAAGGCGUGUGGUUGGAUCGUCCCAGCAUAUCGUUGUCCUAUUGAAUCCAAAGAAUUUAUAGUUAGUAGAGUAGUGGUCAAGCAAAAUAUGACACGCCACAUGUGCGAUAUGCUUAUUAAAGACGUGAAGAAUGCUAUUAGCUCUCUUGAGGAAGAAACAAAAUUGAUGGGACCAACCCCAACGUCAACAGCAUAUACUGACGAGAAAGCGCACCACUUCUGGCAGUUGAUUUCUAAAGCCAUUGUUAAAGGUGAUAUCGGACACCGAUUCAGAGCGGAAAGGACCCAUGGAGUCUGUUGAACCAUUUCUGGACGACAAACGGCCAAUUUAAAUAAUGAAGAGCAA